UGUUCUUACAUCGAUUGCGCUGCCAGUCAGCGGUGAAAACAAAACGCCAGCAGUACCUAUUAUCACUACCAGCACGUAUAGUACGUCCGCGGUGCUAUUUCUACUACACCUACUACUAAUACGACUACUGGACUAAUUGCUAAUAGCGCAGCGCGUUGCUUGUUGAGUUGCCCAACCGCACACCUGCCACCCGCGCGCGUUACCAAACUGGAAAAUUAGAAACAAUAAAUAAUAAGAAAAGAGCCCAAUUUCAACGACAGAUAGUCUGCAACGUCGCCGAUACAAAGAAAAAACAAACAAGUAUUCCGGCAGUCGUGCUGCCCGUUCGUGGGCAUUUAUGUACUUAAACUCCGGCCGUAGGCGUUAAGGCAGCACAGUGCGCUUGAGUGUUUGCUCGCAAAUAGCAUGAUGUGUAAAACAAUUGAGUAAUAUAUUUGAGUGUUUGUGCGCGCGUGUGUGUUCAUACGAAAAGCGAUAGUAGUGAGCGCGACUCCUAGUAAAAACCAGAAAGUAGUCAAACCACCAAAAGUUCGAGUAGCCGACAGCGCUACGAUUCAGUGAAUGCUGCUGCUGGAAGAGGAACAAAUAAAACUAAAAGUAACACAACAAAAAAUUUAAGUCAAACAAGAAUUACUACAACCGCAGCGGCAGUGAAGGCGGCAGCAAUACAGCCCACAACAAUAACAAAAAAGUUACGAGUAGUAAGCGUAGUAGUAGCGACAAUCACUAGAGCCACAGCAGCCGCGACACCAAAGCGCUAGUACUGUUGCGGCUCUUGUUGAAGGCGGAAGGCGGAAGAAUGUGGUAAUAAUAGAGAAUAGGUGAUGUUUUCGUGACCCGCGUGAGACGCGUCUAUGCCCUGCGUACAGCGCAAACACGGUAAAAAAAAAAAAAAACGAAAAAUCGAACAAAGCUAGUAAAGUUUAAGGUACACGAAGGAAGUGCAAUAAAAUAGCAGUAAAAAUAAAAAUAAAACAAUAUUACACAAGUAAAAGCAAUAAACGCGAACGUUGGCCAAAAAGUCAAACCGGCGUCGGCAGCGCAAAAUUAGUAAACGUUGCCAGCAAAGAAAAUAAAAUAAAAAACAACGAAAAGUACUAACUAAAGAAGCAAUAGUAGUCGUUAGAACAACAAAAACAGCAAAAAGAAUAGGUGAGCGACGGCGCGCAAUAGCGUUAACGUAGAGCGCAGCGUUGAAGCAGCGCGCACAGCGUACAGCGGGGCGAGUCGAAUGAUUCCGGUACCGAAUCUGAUGGUGACGUCCUAGAUGUUGACAAGCAUCGCCCUUUAGACUUGGACAUGGAAACCAGCUUAAGCUCCUGCGCCGAUGUGAAUUCGCCAACAACAGACACCGCCUGCUCUUCGUCAGCGUCUUCUGCGAUGAUGUGUCAAUCCCACCUUUUAUACGAUCAACACAGCUCCGAAGAGGAACUGGAAGUGAUCAAUGGCCCAUCAUCGGUAGCAGCCGCCGAAGCGGCAUCCAAUGUAUUGGUGGUGCGUGGCACCACCUCAUCACUCAUAUCGGAGCGUGGCUCGUCGUCGUUGGAGCCCGAGGAGCUAUUCGGCGAAGCGUCGACAUCGAAACGUUCCAGCUCAACUUUGGUUGAGAAUCGCAAACGAUCUCUGGCGCAUAGCUCCGAUGAUGACCAGCUGAGAAACUUCUUGGAACCAGUAUUGACACCAGUGAAUUUUCGCACAUCACCACCAUUGGAAGCUUUCAAGCCAAACCGCAGCCACAAAUAUCGCUCCACAACGCCACUGAUACUAUCGGAGGCGCGUUGCGGCAUCGAAAAUAUUAAAUUAUGUGAUAAUAGUGUUAAUGACGAAAAUGGUGAGGCUGCUGCUGGCGGCGCGUCGUCAUGUGCCGCAACAGCGGCGUCGGGUGCGUCUAGCGGCAAUGCCGCACAGGCUGGCGGUGCAUGCGCUGGCGACAACAGUUCAACGAGUGUGAUUAAGGUGUGCACCUCAUCGCUUAAGAUGAGCAAUAGCAGCCAUCAUAUCUAUCAGCCGCAACCCAAAUAUAAUUUCCACUAUAAUAGUUCGCGCAGUAGUCCCGCAUCGACGACCGGCCUCGAUGCGAUGGAGGUGCGCUCGGUUAGUCCACCGGCGAAACUCUUCCAUUCGGCUAGAUCACCACACCGCCGACCGAUACGCACACAACACGCCACACAGAGGCUACAGCGACCACAUCGGCCGUGUUUAGAUUUUGAUAAAAUGCAGCAACUCGCAUUACCCAUAACGAAAACAAGAAAUUAAAGAAAACGAAGCAAAUACACGAUUGCAAGCAUGAUGAUUACAAGAGAGAGCGAGAGAGACAUGGAGAUAUAGAGUGAGGCAGGAAGAGAACGGAGGGAGAGAGAGAGCGCGAUGUUGCAGAUUUGUCAAUGAAUGUCAAAAUGAAUUAAAUGAAAAUUAGGUUUAUGGCGGUUUUGAUGGUAAAUAUGUGUGUAGGUUUUGUACAGCAAUAACAAAAAAUUUAAAAAUAUACACCGCUAAAUAAUUUUAUUUUAAAGAAAGAACCAAAAACAGAAAAGAAAGCGAAAGCAUGAGCGCAAAGUCAGUAACAAUGAAAGCUUAGUUUUGACGCGGUGAAAGUGCGCCAUUUUUAAAAGCUUAUGAAAAGCACAAUAAAUGACAGCGAAAAAAGCAACUGAAAGCAAGCCCCAUAAAGCAAAAAGCAAAAAUUAUAAAAAAAAUUACAACAACAACAAUAGCCCUAACUACGCCAAUCCCCAUAAUUUACCGUAAAGAACAGACUUUUAGAAACAUAAAAUCAAAACCAACAACACUACACGCAAACACUUUACUUAAAUGUAUUUGAAAAUGUAAUUUGUAAGUUCGAGAAUAUGUGGUCCCAGUUCUUCUAUUUAUAUAGUAUAUAUAUUUUUGUUCCGAAACGUUAUGUAAAACUUUAAGUCUAAAGUCUGUUAAGUAACAUCACACGAUUUUAUUUAAAAAUAUGAUCUCGAUACUAUUUAGUAACAGGUUUGCCAAAUUGCGUAAGUGUUUAUACCAACUAUCGAAUUUUGUGUGUAAAUUUUGUUGAAAAGUCUUAACUAGUCUAAAUACAGGUUGAUCAACUCGUAAUUCGACCGCGGGAAGGUCUAAAGUCAGAAAGACUUUUCAUACUAACAGAUCUCCAAUAUCAAUACCCAGAGAUAUCGUUCAGAGACAUCAAAAAAGAACGUCUUAAAAAAUGCUAAAAAUCUUUCGAACUCAGCUGAAAGCUUGUCAAACGAGUCAGUUAAGGCAUUUCGAUCGUAAAUAAUAAAUAUUAGACCCAAUUUAUGAAUUCAAUAUUUUUAAAGUCAAAGUUUAACCAAAUUUCUUUAAGGAAGAUGACAAAAGCUACUUAAAUUUUUAAUCUCGAGAUUAAAGUUAUGCAUUUUACAUGGAUUUAUGAAGGCAAGGUCAAGAUCUAGAACAAGUAGCAUAAAUUUUUGUCUAUUGAGGUAUUGGAAGAAGGAAUAGUAUGUAUAUUAUAUACAGGUUAUGAACUCUUCUUUAUAAACCCUACUGAGCUUUCUAUUAGGAAUCUGUCAAUAUUUCGAAUUAACCUAACAGACAAAUGUUUAUCAUCCAAGAGCAAGGUCAUCAACGUAGUAGUAAAGGACAUUACAGUGGUUAUUUCGUUUUAAUAGUAGGCAGAGUUAUUCUCCUAAUUAGUAAGUAGGUAGAGAGAUGUCUAACGACGAACCUAAGUCCCCAUUGUGAUACUGCCGCGACAAAAGUCCUCUAACUGCAUUGGCCCCACUCUACACCUCCCUAUGCUUCUGAUAAAGUUCAUCAGUACAAGUUGUAUCUAUACAAUCUCCGAGUCGUUGUCAAGAAACUCUCAAACUAUUGCGAUUAUUUUCCUAUAUGGAAGCUUACAUU